AUGGAACAAAUUAUGGAGGAUGAAACAAUUAAAUACGACAUAAAAGUGACAAACGCUUUUAAGAAGUAUGGACAAAAUAAUGUAUUUGACGGUUUGAACAUGUCUGUGAAAUCCGGUUCUAUGAAAACCUUUGAAUACUAUGGAUCACUUUAUAGAAUGAGCAAGAUAAAUAUUAAAAACAAAUUAAAUGAGCUUAAUGAAUUCCUAAAGUUUCCAGAUUUAAAUAGUUACCUUAAUGAAAUAAGUGGUGGCCAGAGUAGAAAAGUAUCUUUUGGUAUUAGCUUAUUACAUGACCCCAAAGUUAUGAUUUUGGAUGAACCUACUGUUGGAAUUGACCCUUUACUGAGAGAAGGAAUUUGGGCUGAGCUUACAAAAAUGGCCAAAGAACAAAAAAAAACAAUCAUAAUAACUACUCAUUAUAUCGAAGAAGCAAAUAAAUCUGAUUGCGUCGGCUUAAUGAGGAAUGGUUUAAUAAUUGAAGAAGGACCACCUCAAGAUAUCCUUAUCAAAUAUGGUACAGAUACAUUGGAGUCAGCUUUUUUAACUCUUUGCUGUAAUCAAAGAACAAUUAUUAAAAAAGUCGACAACACUGUUCAAGUAAAAGAAAAAGUUUCACAAAAAAAAAUACUGGAAUCGGGAAACUUCGAUUUGUAUAGAAUUAAAGCAUUGUUAAAAAAAAAUUACCGUGUAUUCUCUCGAGAUUAUUUGUUGUUAUUUACUUUGAUCUUACUUCCCAUAUUACAAACAUUCAAUUUUUGUUUUGCGAUUGGAGUACCGUUCAAAGGUAUGAAAAUAGCUUAUAAAAACGACGAGAUUAAUAUUUUAGAUUGUCAAUAUUCAAACGUUAAUGGGUGUAUUUUUGACGAAAAUAGCAAUCAAACAAUGAGCUGUGUUAUCAUGAACUACCUCUCAUCACAUGAUUAUGAAUUAGUCGAAGUACAAGAUCGGGAAGUUGCUGAAGUUGGUAUGAAUCAUAUAGAAUAUAUUGCAUUUCUAUAUUUUCCCAAAAACUAUACUAGUGGUUUAACAAAAUAUAUUAAUGACCGUCAAUAUUUUGAUUUAGAAUCUAUAAUGUUUGUUCAUUUAACAAAUGAAAAUAUUUUAUUUAAAAAUCAAAUUACAUUAGAUGUAUUACAAUCAAUAAAUUAUCUAAUUAUGGAAGCAUUAAAUAGUUGCUCUAACAAUCCAGUGUCAAUCGGUGUACCCUUGGAGAUCAAUAAUGUAGUUGGAGAAGAAAUAAAAUCAUUUGCCAAUAGUACCAUUGCUCUUUUUAUAGCCAUGAUAGCAUUUUAUUGCCCGAGUGUAUUUGUGGUAAGCGUAAUGAUGGCGGAAAAAAUGGAUGGACUCCUUAGCCGAUCGAUGUUUGCAGGUGUCAAAAUAUUGGAAUUGAUAAUUUCCAUGUUGUGUAUCACAACAGUGUUACUUUUGUUUCAAAUGAGUUUCUCCUGUUUUAUUUCAUAUAUUUUAUUUUUGAAUCCUAUACAAAUAACCAAUGGGAUGUUUGUCUAUGCGUUAUUAUUACUACUAAUGGGAUGGUUAGGCUUCUUAUUUGGUUUACUUACUGCUGUAUUAUCAACUACAAAAUUAUUCGCUGUGUACAUUAUAACCGGGUCAUCUAUGACACAGUUCUUAUUAUCAGGUUCAAUAUGGCCUUUGGAAGGACAGCCCCAAUUAUUAAGACAAGUAUCCAAGCUACUUCCUAUAAGGCUAGUAGGAAAUAUAAUGAACAACAUAGCAAUAAAAGGGUGGACAUUGGAUCAUCCAUCAAUCAUAACGGAGACUUCAUUGACGGUUUUGUACAAUAUUUUAUUAAUACUUGUAUUAAUCGUAUUAGGAAAAAUAAAAAAAGACUUGUGGGUUAUACAGAAAUAG